UUUUGUUAUCAACAUCCUAUUAUAAAAAACGUAUAAGGAAAGGGUAAGCGCAGUGGAGAGAGAAGAACCAAAGCGUUGGUUGUAUUCAUUCUGACGGCGUCUGGCCUUGAACACAGAUGAUUAUUGAAAAAUAGCGCAGCACCAGACGAGCCCUCGUGCGCGCCCGAUUUGCUGUUGUUUAUUUAUAACGCAAUUAAUUUGGGGCUGCAAAAACGCAGUUGGUUGAGAGGUAGCCGCCGAAGGUGCUGGCCAUCAUGCCGACCGCCAACAGCGUCAACAUCUUUUCGUGGGCCUACAAUGAAGUGCUCGACGCGGUCAGCAAGAGCACCACCGUCGUUGCCCUUUACCGGACUUAUCUCGAGUGGGUGCCCUUCAGCGGAGGCCGAGGCAUUGACACCACCGGCCAGAUCAUAGUGGCCGCAGUGUCAGGUGCGGCCGUGGCCGCCGUGCUGUGCAUCAGGUGGCUACAAAUGCACAAGGGCGACUACAGGCACCUCAAAGAAAAAUUGCGGCAUCUGGCAGUUUUUAUAUCAGGCUGCGAUUCGGGACUUGGAUAUUCUUUGGCCGUUCAUUGCCACGAUAAAUUAGGCCUGACUGUUUUUGCUGGAUGUCUGAAGCCAGAGGGAGAAGGCGCAUUCAGAUUGAGUCAACGUGGCUCCAACAGAAUGCACAUUGUUCCCCUGGACAUAACAAAAACAGACAGCGUCGAAAAGGCCAAGAAAACAGUGUACAAUCUCAUUCAUGCAAAGAGCCUAGAGCUCACAGCCUUGGUGAAUAAUGCUGGCGUUAUGGUUUUUGGCGAGUUUGACUGGAUGACCGAGCGGCUCAUGAAAUACCAGAUUGAAGUAAAUUUACUUGGUACAAUGAGACUGACCAGAGCCUUUAUAUCCCUUCUGCGUGAUCAUCAUGGUCGCAUUAUCACUGUUAGCAGCCACUGUGCGUUGGAAACCCUUCCCGGCCUGUCAGUUUACGGCGCAACAAAAACGGCUUUAAGAGCGUGGAGUGACGGACUCAGAUUGGAACUGGCCAAGUUCAGCAUGCCUGUGAUAACAAUCAUUCCAGGUUCUUUUUCAACGCAGAGUAACAUUUUCGCAUGUCAGGGUCUUCAUGCAAAAGAAAUGGAGCUAUACAUGUCUCCAGAGGACAAGGAGCUCUACGGAGAGUACUUUGAGCGGUACCACAAUUAUCUGAGUUCACUCUUUGUAGACAGAGGACCAGUGGUGUUGUCGGACAAGUUGCUCUACCGCAAAUUCAACCACGCUUUGCUCUCGACCUGUCCCCGGGUCAACUACAUUGUGUCACCGCUGCGGUACACGAUUUACCACACACUGUUUAAAAUAACGCCCACCAAAGUUAGGGACUGGCUGGUGACAAGAUUUGUGCAGAUGCCCGAGUGGAAGCAAAAGGCAAGGGCAGAUAGCAAACCAGAAAUUCUGCUGGCUCAACCUGACGAGCGCAUGAUUGGCAGUGACGAGGAAAAUUGAUUUAUUGUAAACAUUGCAUGUUUUAGUUUAUGAGUGCUUUAAUGUAGUCCAACUUUAUAAACAUUUAAAACAUGCAAUAAAUCAUAAAA